UGAACGUGAAAAUAACCUGAUCAAUUUUGACAAGAAAGAUGGACCAAGUUACAGAAAGUGUGAGGAGAGAAUGAACAUGGCAAAUGGGGAAGGAAAAACUGUUAGAGUGACAUUGUUAGCCAAAAACCCCAUCAGAACUUGGAGGCCCUGGCAACCCAUUUGGGCCGAGGCAUCUUGGAUUCCUGUGAGAAUAGAAAUGAUAGUGAAUGUGCAGACCUGGACUUUCCAUCUGGCGAGGCACAGCUCUUUGAGCUCAAUGUCCUACAGGAGCCCCCUCCCUCUCCACGGAGAGAAGCAGAGAAAUGUGAGGAAGACAAAGUGACGCGUUACAUUGCGGAAGUGGAGAAACAGAACAAAUACCUUCAGGAGAAGGUACACAAGUACAGAUUCCACAUCAUCCCUGACGGCAAUUGUCUGUACAGGGCGGUGUGCAAAGCCGCCUAUGGAGAGCAGUCUAUGCACAAGGAGCUGAGAGACCAGACAAUGCACCACAUAGCCGACCACCUGGAUGAGUUUAACCCCAUCAUUGAGGGGGAUGUCGGCGAGUUCCUGAUCAACGCAGCGCAGGACAGUGCCUGGGCAGGCUAUCCGGAGCUUCUGGCGAUGAGUCAGAUGUUGAAUGUGAACAUUUACCUGACCACUGGAGGUAGCUUGGAGAGUCCCACGAUUUCAACCAUGGUGCACUACCUGGGGGAAGAGGACUCGUCCAAACCCACUGUCUGGUUGAGUUGGCUCAGUAACGGACACUAUGAUGUCCUGCUGGACAGGUGUGUGGACAACCCAGAGUAUGACGACUGGUUCCGUCAUUCUCAGAUGCAAAGGAAACGGGACGAAGAGCUGGCCAAGUCGAUGGCAGCGUCACUGUCUAAAAUGUACAUUGAACAAAAUGGUCACAUUUGAAACCAAUAGUUAUCCGAUUGCUGCGUUUAAAUAUUACUGUGUGUUACAGUAGGCUAGCUGUUACAAAAUGGGCCAAUCAUCUCUGCUGAUAGUAGUGGAGCCUCUGUCAUCUGAGGUCUGAGAGGGCCUCAGUCAGCACCUGGGGCCCCUGUUGGCCCCUGUGCUAAGGACAUCUCCUCACAGCCCAGCUCACGACUCACCCUGAGCUCAUACGGUCUCUCUCUCUCUCUCUCUCUCUCUCUCUCUCUCAAAAUCGAUUGCACUUUAAUUAUGUGUGUGUGACUUCAACAUUGCCUUAUUCAUUUAUUUUUCUAUGUUUUGUAUUGUAACCGAAUUGAAGUGCAGCGCACAUGUUAGAUUUUGAUAUUUUUGUUGUAAAUACUCUAAAUGUCAAAAAUGACACUUGAAGGAGAUUAGGUGUUUUUUUUCUAUAGGCUACAUUAAUGCAUUUUAUGUUUGAGCACUUAGGUGAGACUAUUUAUUAGGUUUUUGACUGGUUCAUUGACAGUUUUUGUAUUAUUACAUAUAACAGUUAAGCUGUGUUGCUAAGCUUUAUGCCUUUGUGAGGUGCUUGGAGCACAAACAGCAACAUUGUUUUAAAAUAAUAAUUUAAUAAUAAUAAUUUGUAUCCAGGCUGUAUCACAGCCAGCCGCGAUUGGGUGUCCCAUAGGGCGGCGCACAAUUGGCCAAGCGUCGUCCGGGUUUGGCCGGUGUAUGCGUC